GGCACAUGGAGGUGGAGAUGGACACGGACACGGGGCGGGAUGAGGAGAUGCCCGCCCUGUCCGACGGCGAGGAGCCCUGGGAGGAGGACGAGGAGGAGGAGGAAGAAGAAGAAGGCGCUGCCGUGGGGCAGAGGACGCGCUGCCUCUUCUGCGAUGGGUGGUUCACUUCUGCUGAAGUUGUGUUCUCCCACUGCAAAACAGAGCACGAGUUUAACGUUAGUGAUGUGAUCCAGAAACAUGGACUCGAUUUCUAUGGAUACAUUAAACUAAUAAACUUCAUCAGAUUAAAGAAACCAACAGGAGCCUAUUUGAGUUCUCUCAGCAGUCCACUGCCUUGGGAAGGAGAGGAAUAUCUGAAACCAGAACUAGAAGAUGAUCUCCUCCUUCAGUUUGAUAUAGAAGAUCUUUGUGGACCUGCAAACGCUGUGCCCUGUAAUGGUUUCAGUGAUACCACGGCGCUCCUUGAACAGUUAAAACACGCGGAACGCAGAGCGAGAGCCGCAGAGGCAGCCUUGGCUAGAGCCCAGGAGGAUCUUCAGAAAAUGAAACAAUUUGCCCAGGAUUUUGUGAUGAACACAGAUGUCAGGAGCAGCUCGUCGUCCAGUGCCAUUGCAGACCUUCAGGAGGAUGAGGAUGGUGUUUACUUCAGCUCCUAUGGACAUUAUGGGAUACACGAGGAGAUGCUAAAGGAUAAGGUGCGUACAGAAAGCUAUCGUGACUUCAUCUAUCAAAACCCACACAUCUUCAAGGACAAGGUGGUUUUGGAUGUUGGCUGUGGAACUGGAAUUCUCUCCAUGUUUGCCGCCAAAGCAGGCGCGAAGAAAGUGAUCGGAGUUGACCAAUCUGAAAUCAUCUAUCAGGCCAUGGACAUCAUUAGAUUAAAUAAACUUGAAGAUAUUAUUACAUUAGUCAAAGGAAGAAUUGAAGAAGUAGAUCUGCCUUUGGACAAAGUGGAUGUAAUUAUAUCUGAAUGGAUGGGUUAUUUCCUUCUCUUCGAGUCAAUGCUGGAUUCUGUCAUCUAUGCAAAGGACAAGUACCUGGCAGAGGGAGGCUCAGUUUAUCCUGACAUUUGCACCACUAGUCUGGUGGCUGUUGGGGAUAUGAAUAAACAUGUGGACAGGCUACUUUUCUGGGAAGAUGUAUAUGGCUUCGACAUGUCUUGCAUGAAGAAAGCCGUCCUUCCUGAAGCUGUCGUGGAGGUGCUGGAUCCAAACACACUGAUAUCUGCAGCCAGUGUCAUUAAGCACAUCGACUGUAACACUGCAUCCACUCCAGACUUGGAAUUCUCUUCAGAUUUCAGCCUGAGCAUUACAAUGAGCACAAAGUGCACGGCAGUUGCUGGUUACUUUGAUAUAUUUUUUGAGAAGAACUGUCAGAACAAGGUCUCGUUUUCAACUGGUCCCCAGUGUACCAAAACACACUGGAAACAGACUGUUUUUCUCCUGGAGAAACCAAUUCCUGUAGAAGCAGGGGAGGCCCUGAGAGGGAAGAUCACAGUCCGCAAAAACAGAAAGGAUCCCCGGUCCCUCUUCAUAACCCUUUCAGUGAAGGACACGCAGCAGACCUACAGCCUCCAGUGAACACCCUGGGCACGUAACUCUGGGAGGUGUUAAAGUCAAAUAACUGUUUUUAAAUGGCAAGCUCUUGGAUUUGUGUGUGUGUGUGUGUGCAUGCACACGCACAGGGAUGUGAAAAACUCGCCUGGACUUCAGAGAGCACUGUUUGGAUGCUUUUUCCUGAUUCUGCUGCUUCACUUCUGCGAGGAAGGCAAAGAAAGAUGGGUUUGGGUUACGCGAGACUGCUGGGUGAGAAAAAUGAGUGUGAAGUCUUGCUGUGAGGAACAAUAAAUAUGAUCUCUCAAUAUUGUCUUAUUCUUCCGCUGGUAAAAUCCUUGCAUGGUAUUUUUUUUUAUGAAAGAAGAAGCUAAAUCAUGUGCCAGUGCACCUCAGCAGUAUCAGGAAAAUCCUAAUGGGACUAAUUUUGGAAUUCCAGCUGCAGGAUUGCAGCACCAAAGACCGUAUUUUUAUUACACUUCUGGAAUUAAAAAGUUGUACGCAGUUACAUUUAUCUAAAUAAAUGAACCCAGUAUGAUAUCGAA